GGAAUAGUCGACAUUGAAACGAUGAGCCAUAUCACCGACAGGACCUCGUAGCAUCAGCACAAAAGAAAGCAAUAUUUAUCAUUUAUUUUUAUGUAGUCAGCAUUCAUUUAUUGAAAUUCGCCACUCAAACCCGUCAUGCCUGUACAACCUGUAAGGCAUGACGAGAUCAUACUGCCCAUGCCGGGACCAGUCACAUCUGCAGCCAAUUCCCAGGGAUCUUCCACACAAGAAGUUUGCGGGAGCAAUCACAACUUAAACUCUCAGAGCUCCAAUCAAUCUAUUCCAGAAAACGGCGAAGCAGACGAUAUCGUACUUGAGCUCGGUAACCCACGGACGACAUGGUCCCGGCGACGAGAAGAGGAGAAAAGUCAUACCAGAAGAGGAGAGAGAUCAACAGCUGAGCAGAAAAACUCACUUCCUGCUGUAGGGACGCUUUGGAGAAGAUGGACAAAUCGGGUCUGGGAACCCAUAAGGAGAUACCUCUCGUGGGAAAUCUUCCAGAGAUGUACAAAGGCUGUAAUAGCAUUCUAUGUUGCGAGUUUGUUUGUCCUGAUUGAUCCUAUAGCAAUUGCCUUUGGAUCUGGAGUUUAUUUGACGCCAUUUGCGACUCUAUUCUUCCCUCCUGUCAAGACCAUUGGCGCCAUAUUGGAAACAGUGCUUGUCGGUGCUGUGGGCGUCAUGUUUGGUGCCGCCGUUUCGCUCGCUGCUCUUGCCAGUGCUACAGCCUACAACAGCUCCCGUCCAGAACAAGAGAAAGAGCCGGUUGGUGGAUUCCUGAUCCAGCUGUUGUUCCUCAUUGUGGGAGUAUUCUGUCUUGGCUAUGUCCGCGCAACGUAUCCGAGAUUGAACAACGCGACUCUCACAAGUAUAAUGGUAAUGGUUUUUCCAUUAACAACAAAUAUCUACUCGAGAGAGGUGGUGGCUGCUAGUGUGUGGAAUAUCGUCAAACCGUUUAUGGCCGGCGCCGGCAUAUGCUUAGUGGUUGAUAUAACAGUUUUUCCUGAAUUUAGUGGCAGAGUGUUGAGGAGCUCAAUUCAACGGACGGUUGAAGAAACAAGGGAUCUGCUAGAUCUCCUCGUUAAAGCAUUCCUCUUGACCGACACAGAAAACCCUAUCCCCAUGGACGAAAUCCUUGCGAAGCAAGCAAACGUUCGCUCGGCUAUUCUACGUACCAAAGCAGCGAGACGGGAAUGUAGAUAUGAAGUAACCUACGACCGAUAUUCUCCCGACGACUAUAAGGUCAUUGUUCAACCCCUACAAGAGAUGAUGAAGUACUUGAGCGGAAUGGUGGCUUGCAUGAAGAUUGAAAAGGCCCUGGUGGAAAUGGAAGAUGAGGCGGCUGGGAAAGAGAAGCGGUCCAAAGUCAUGGAAAAAUUGAAGCAACGAAUGGAACAAGACCUUGAAGAGCAGGCUCGCCGACAUCGGUCUGUCCGGGCUGAGCAUGAUCUACUCAAUCAACGUUACAAUGAAGCACGCAAUAACCUGAGUGUCACCUCCAUAAAUAACCUCACGGUCAGCAGUAUCCGCUCUCUAAGAUCGCUCAAGGCAGCCAGUGUUGACUUACAGGAUGAAAUCGCUGAAGGGCACCAGGUUCAAGUCAUUGGUCGCGAGAUCACUGGCGGAAUGUUUGGUGGCUCGAAAAAGCUUUUCAAGAAAUAUCUCGCUUCCGUUCGAUCCAGUCUUCACAUUCUCUCUAGAGCGUGCUCAGACUGCAUGGAUCAAAGUGCAGCGUACAUGUUACGUGUAAACGAAGAGACCAAGCAUGACACAAUUGUGGGUCGAACGACAGAUACGGUAAAGAGGUCUUCGAUGAUGCUAGCGACCCGACUGGGGAGUUUUGCAGGAGGACUGGGAGGGCUUGAGUCGUUAGAAUCAAGCACGGGUGAAAUACCAAUGGUGGAACAACACUCGCUCCCUUCGGACACCAGCAUAACAAGACUCAAGAAGUCGAUCACAACUUUCGAAGAGAUUCAAUGGUCUGUUAUGGAACGCGUAUCCCACCAAAUUGACCCUCUAUCUUCACCGUCCAUGAGCUCCCUAACCGAUGCGGAUAUUACCAUUCAACACUGGAAUGCAGCAAAUCUGUUUCGAGAAGAAUAUUUUCUCGCCUUCUUUUUCAUUUUCAAUAUGAGGGAAGCGAUGGCCAAGGUUGUGAGGUUUGCUGAGGCUGUGGACGCUUUGAGAACAAAGAGGGAGGUCAAACAAAAAUUUUGGAUGCCGAAAAUGAAGUUGCGUACGUGGCUGAAGGGAGAUGGGAUUGUCUGGAAGGAUUAUGAGGACGGACAAGCUCGCGACAUCCCGCUUUAUACAGAGGGAAAGGAAACAUUCAUAGCGCCAGGCUGGGUAGGCCGUUUUCGAUGGAAUUUGUGGAAUGCUUUGCAAAGAUCCGCGAAUCAUGCUGUCAAAUUUGGUGUCAAAAUGGCCAUUGCGACAACUGCUUUGGCAUGGCCUGCGUAUGUUUGGCCUGAUUGGUGGACAUGGUUUCGCGGAUCUUGGGCGCUGGUUACGAUGAUUAUUGUCCUUUCCCCUACAGUAGGAGGAUCAAAUGCCUUCGGGCUCUACCGUAUCAUUGGGACCAUCUUUGGAGCUCUUUGGGGCUACGUAACCUGGAUUAUUUCCCCCCGUAAUCCCUACUCCAUCUCAGUUAUGACCAUCAUAUUCGCGUAUCCCUGCUGGUACAUCUACAUAACAACACCACAUUCUCGUCUUGGCACGACAGCACUCCUCACAUAUAACGUAGUGGUCAUGACGGCCUACUUUACGUACUAUGAUCCAGAGCACGGAGAUAGUGUCAGCCUUCUGGCGUGGAAAAGGAUGGCAACAAUCACAAUCGGUGUCUUAACCGCUUUGAUUGUAACAUCAUAUGUCUGGCCCUUUGUUGCGCGGAUAGAGCUGCGAAAGGGCGUGUCCAAGAGUGUAUACUUGAUGGGAAUCUUAUAUUCCCGGCUGGCUGUUUUUAUUGCAGAUGAAGCGGGGGUGUAUAUGCAUGACCAUGACAAGCAACAGCCCGCGGAUUCACCUACCGCACCUACCGCCCACACAGCAACACCUUCUCACUACCUUCUAAGCAAGCAUCAAAAAGAGCGCCUCUAUGUUCGCUCCCUCGAGCGCAAGCUCACAAAAUCCAUAGCAUAUCAUUUAGAGCUCUUGGAACUUACACCAAACGAGCCCCGAUUAAAAGGACCUUUCCCUUACGAUGUCUACAAGGAAAUGUUGUGGUGUGUACAAAAUCUAGUCGAUCGGAUGGGUAACGUAAGACGAAUUGUGGAUGGGGAAUAUGAAAGUGCGUUUGUAGAUGGUGGAGUUGGACAAGAUGGAUUCGGCGAGUUCGUACGAAGGGAGAUAAUAUGGCCCGUGGAGAAGUACCGGAUGGAUAUGUUUGCAGCCAUCCUCUUGUUUUUUCACGUCAUUGCGGGGUCCCUCUUAGCCAAAACCCCACUCCCCGCAUUCGUUCCCGCUGCACGGGCUGCCCGACUUCGCCUAUUCAGCAAAAUCCGCACCCUGCCAGCUCUACGGGACCCAUCUCUGACCGCUAGAAAAGAAGAAAAGAGUCAUUGGAUAAAUUUCAUGGCUUAUGCAUGUGCAACGGAGGAUUUGAUAGAGGAGCUGGAGAAGCUUGCUGGGUUGGUGAAACGAGUCUUUGGUCAGGGCAGGUUAGGUGAAGGACUGGGAAAUGUGGUGGUUGCAGGAUAGUAAAUUAUUUGCUUAAUACUAUGAUUUUUCCUUUGGC